AUGGCGGCGCGGCGCGGGCCGGCCGCGGCGUUGUACGCCCACUGGCCCUACUGCCUCAAACGCUGCAGCUACUGCAACUUCAACAAGUACAUCCCCCGGGGCCUCGAUGAGGCGGUGGUGCGGAGCUGUCUUGCCCGGGAAGCGCAGACCCUGAUCCAGCUGAGCGGAGUCCGGAGGAUCAGCUCGGUGUUCUUCGGGGGGGGGACGCCAAGCCUGGCCAGCCCGCUCACCAUCGCGGCGGUGCUGGAGACCAUUUCCCAAUGCGCUCACUUGGCGACAGACGCGGAGGUCACUCUGGAAGCCAACCCCACCUCGGCCGGGGCCUCGCGGCUGGCGGGCUUCCGGGCAGCCGGUGUCAAUCGCCUCUCUGUUGGCAUCCAGUCAGUGGACGAUGCGGAGCUCCAGCUCCUUGGGCGGGACCACACGGCGGAUGAGGCUUUGAGAACCCUGGAAGAGGCCAAGAAACUGUUUCCAGGACGCACGUCCGUCGACCUCAUCUUUGGCCUCCCGGGCCAGAGCGUUGCCUCGUGGGCCAGGGGGUUGGAGUGCCUGCUUCAGCUGUGCGACGACCACGUGUCUCUGUACCAGCUCACGCUGGAGCGGGGCACCUCCCUCUUCAAGCAGGUGCAGCAGGGCGCCCUGCCUACGCCCGAGCAGGAUGUGCUGGCCGAGAUGUACAAAGCAGCGCGGCGGAUGCUGCGGGAUGCAGGCUUCCGGCAGUACGAGGUCUCCAACUUUGCCAGGAACGGCGCACUCAGCACCCACAACCUGUCCUAUUGGCAGGGCAGCCAGUACAUUGGGAUUGGGCCAGGAGCCCACGGGAGGUUUGUGCCCCGAGGAAGCGGUGCGAGCCUUCGGGAGGCCCGGAUACAGACCCUGGAGCCGGACAACUGGAUGAAGGAGGUGCUGGCCUGGGGACACGGGACCAGGAAGCGGGUUGCGCAGAACCCACUGGAUGUGCUGGAGGAGAUCUUGGCUCUGGGGCUCCGCACGGAUGUUGGGAUCACGCACCAGCACUGGCUGCAGUUUGCUCCCAGCCUGAGCCUGUGGGAUGCAUUUGGAGCCUCAGAGGAAGUAAAGGAGCUGGAGGACCAGGGCUUCCUGCUUUUGGACCACAGGGGGCUAAGAUGCUCUUGGAGGGGUUUGGCUGUGCUGGAUUCUCUGCUACCAACUCUUCUCAACCAGCUCCAGCAGACCUGGGCAGACAGGGUAUCUCCAACCUGAUAGCUCCCUGCCAGGAGGCAGGGGUUUGUCUUGGCACAUGCAGACAACCCCAGGCGGACAGAAUACAUGAGGGGGAACUGGAACAUGGAUAGAUCUUGCCUCCAAUCUGAAAAGCAUUUUAGAGGGAGCACUUAAUCCCUAAGCAUCUGGAGAUCUGUUACCAUGCUGGAUCCCAGGGUAAGGGCCCCUCUGGGAGAUGUUGCACCUAUGCAGAGCAGAAAAGACACCAGUUCUUUGCUUUCCAAGCACCAUGUGUGCUAAGUGCUAUGGAGAAAAAAACGGGUGAAGUACAUUUUA